AUGCCUAGCACCACUCCUAUCCCCCACCCUUUCGACCCCCUCUCGAGGGAGGAGAUCGAGGCCACCAUCUCCAUCGUCAAGAAGGCGCACGGCAAUGACCUCCUCUUCAAUGAGCCCCGAAAGGCUGACAUGACUGCUUGGCUCGCGAAUCCCGAAAAGGCUCCCCGGCCCUCGAGAAUCGCCGACGCCGUGGCCAUCGGCCCCGACGGCAAGGUCUACGACGGACUAAUCAACCUCCAGACCCGCUCCAUCGUCAGCUGGGAGGUCCUCGAUGGCUUGCAGCCCAUUAUCACGAUAGAAGAGCUCCAGCUCGUCGAGCACAUUGUGCGCAAGGACCCCAAGGUCAUUGAGCAGUGCAAGAUUAGCGGCAUCGCCGAAGAGGACAUGGACAAGGUCUACUGCGACCCUUGGACCAUCGGCUACGACGAGCGCUACGGCAGCAAGGUCCGCCUCCAGCAGGCGCUCAUGUACUACCGCCCGAAUAAGGAGAUUAUCAGCAUCGACAUUCCCAAGAUCCGCAGGCCGCUCAGCAAGGCCCCCGCCGUCAACUACCACCCCGAGGGCGUGGAGAAGCAGGGCGGUUUCCGCAAGGACCUGAAGACGAUCAACAUCACCCAACCCGAGGGCGUGUCCUUCAAGAUGACGGGCCGCCAGAUUGAGUGGCAAAACUGGAAGUUCCACAUCGGCUUCAACUACCGCGAAGGUAUUGUCCUGAACAACAUCACCUUUAACGACAAGGGUACCGAGCGCCCCAUCUUUUACCGAUUGUCCCUUGUGGAGAUGGUUGUUCCUUAG